AUGGCGCCCCAACGCCCCGAAUUCCUCACCCAACUCCAGUGGGACACGCUCGUCGCCAUCGCCGACGGCAUCAUCCCCAAACUCACCGACGAAGAGGCCACCAAGAUCCUCGUCGAACACAAACGAGCCGCCUUGAACCCUGCGACCGACGCCGAGAUCUUGGCGUUUCUCAAAUGUCUGCCCUCGGAGAAUACGACCUUUUUGACGCUGAUCGCGGAUGUGUUUGGGAGACGAUUGCCCGAGCGGGCUUUGGGCGAGCUUCGGCUAUUGCUCAACAUCUGGACAUCUACCCCCGGCGGCAUCCUUCUCAAUGGCACCCUCACCCCGCUCCAUGCCAUGUCCCCCGCCGACAAGGAAAAGACCAUCCUCGGGUGGUACAACUCGAAACUCUCCCCCAUCCGAACUGGUAUCCGAGGAAUCUCCCACACCCUACGUUUCUGCUGGUUGAGGUCUUGUCCCGAAUACUAUCGCGCGGUCGGGUAUCAAACGCCUGAGAGUCCGAAGCCUGCAGCCGAGGGGGAGGGGGACGAACAGGUCCUGCGAGCCAGGCGGGAGUUGUUGGGCCGGGCAGAGAUGGGCGAGUUCCAGGGCGAGUCGCUGAAGACCCUGCGCACACAAACGCUCGUCAUAGGAUCCGGCUCGGGAGGUUCAUCGUUCGUCAAUUCGUUCGCCAACCGACUCUCCUCUCACCCGGACCUCAUCAAGGGGGGACAGACUCAUGAAAUCCUCGUCCUGGACAAGGGCUCCACCUACCUCCCCCACCCUACCGGAAAAUCCCUUGGGACGACCGAAGCGCAAGGUUUGGACGGGUUGUACGAAGGAGGCGGGGUCGUCGCCAGCGAAGAGAGCGCCAUCUCGAUCAUCGCCGGAUCGACCUGGGGUGGAGGCAGUCGGGUGAAUUGGAGUGCGUGUCUACAGACGGAUAGGAAGGUCAGGGAAGAGUGGACGAAGGGGUUGUUGGACGAUGUCGGCAAGAGGAAGAAGGGUGGGGCAAAGGAUCCGCAUGGGAGGUUGUUUUUGGGGAAAGAAUGGCAGGAAUGUAUGGACGUCGUCGAACGGAGCCUCAACGUCCAGACCCCUCAACGGUCCGACCACAACCCAGCCAACCUGACCCUCCUCGAAGGUUCUCGUCAACUAGGCUACGCCUGCAAGUCCGUCCCUCAAAACAUCUCGGGCUCGUUUGCCGAUCACGCUCGGUGCGGGGCCAACUGUACGAUCGGGUGUCGCGGUUUCCUCGACGGCGAGGGCAAAAAGGGCAAGAUGAGCGGGUGUAGGGUGUUUCUCCAACCUCGUCUCAAAGCCUCGAGGGGAGGGGAUGGGGGUGUUGGGUCGAUCAUCCGCGUACAGGGGUUGGAUGGGUUCGAGAUCGAUCGGAUCGUCUUCUCAGAGCCCAAUGAUGCGUCCGGGUUGUUAGGUCUAGUCCCGGGCACUACGGAUCGUCGAGCGAUCGGGGCAAUAGGGACGUUGCAGGACCCAGAGACGGGGAUCAAGGAGAGGCUGUUGGUCUUGGCCGACCGGACCGUCGUCUCCGCAGGAACGCUGAACAGCCCCGUCAUCCUCCUUCGGAGCGGUCUCAAGAACCCCAACAUCGGCAAGAACCUUCACCUCCACCCGACCCUCAUCGUCCAUUCUCGAUGGGCCGAAGAGGUAGACCCCGUCCACGGUGGGAUCCUCACCACCGCCAUCACCGAAUUCGACAACCUCGACGGGCUCGCCCAUGGUGUCAAGAUCGAAGCCAUGGACAUGAUGCCCGCCUUUGGGAUGGCCUGGCAACCCUGGUCCGGAGCUGCCGAUUACCGUAAACGACUCUUGGGUUUCAAGCAUACCAUGGGGCAUAUCGUGCUUUGUCGGGAAAAGGUUACCGGGAAGAUCUGGGUGGACGGCAAGACGGGUCAGAGGAAGAUCAGUUACGAGCCUAGCAAGUUGGACAGGGGGCAUAUCAUGCAAGGUUACUUGGCGCUGGCAAAGUUGCUUUAUACGAUGGGCGCCCUGGAGAUCUGUACCAAUACGACGGGAGGACCGAUCUGGCGCCGCUCGGCUGACACCAACAACCUCUCGUCGACAUCAAGCUGGGCGGACGACGAGACCUUUGUCGAAUUCCUCCGUGCGACCGACGCUCAUGGCAACGAGCUCGACCGGACGGGCUACGGGUCGGCGCAUCAGAUGGGUACCUGUCGGAUGGGUUCGGUCGCUAGCAAGAGCGUCGUCAACGCCCGUGGAAAAGUCUGGGGGACCGAGGGCUUGUAUGUGGCCGAUGCCAGCGUCUUUCCCAGUGCGAGCGGGGUGAACCCGAUGAUCACUACGAUGACGUUUGGGGAAUGGAUCGGGAGGAGGGUCGUCGAGGAGAUGGUCGAAGAGGCCAGGGACAAGCCGGAGCGGGGCGCUCAUCAUUUGUGACCGGGAUACCUUUUGAGGGUUUCACUUUGAGAGUUUCAUGGUUUUGCGAAAAAGGUCGGAGUUGUAAAUGUUAAAAAAUCAAGCCAAGCGGGAAAAUUCGACGAUGAUGUAUACAAGUGGGUGAAUCGGUAGUCUUUAACUUUUGUAAACAGGCC